AUGACAUCCUUUACGAAAGUCUCAACAUCUACACCUCCCAACUUCAACAAUGAUGAUCUCAUCAGGAUUGUGAUGUUGGGAAACACUGGAGCUGGGAAGAGCGCCUCAGGAAACACCAUUCUGGGACGAAAGUGCUUUAAAUCUGAGUUCUCUCCUAAAUCGUUGACUACACACUGUGAGAAGGUAUUUGGUGGGGUGAAUGGACAAUGGGUUGCUGUUAUCGACACUCCAGGCCUGUUUGACACCAGGAACACUGAAGAGAAAACAGUUAAAGAUAUUGUCCAGUGCAUUUCUUAUGCUUUUCCUGGACCUCAUAUCUUCCUGAUCACCAUCAGACUGGGCAGAUUCACAGAGGAAGAAAAGAAAACAGUGCAGAAGAUUCAGAAAAUCUUUGGUGAAGCCAACAAAUACAGCAUGAUUCUCUUUACCCAUGGUGACAAGCUCAAAGGGGAACCUAUCGAAGAGUUCUUGAAGGAAAACAAAGAUCUGAAGGAACUUGUGAAAAAAUGUGAAGGCCGAUACCACGUGUUCAAUAAUGAGGUGAAGGAUCGUUCUCAGGUCAGCGAGCUGCUCAAUAAGAUAAAAAAAAUAAAAGAACAGAAUGGAGGACACUUUGACACCACCAAAAUGUUACAAAACACAGAGAGAAUGAUUGAAGAGGAGAUCAGGAUUGUGAUGGUGGGGAAGACUGGAGUUGGGAAGAGCGCCACAGGAAACACCAUUCUGGGGAAACAGUGCUUUAAAUCUGAGUUCUCCCCUAAAUCUUUGACUACAGUCUGUGAAAAGGUUGAUGGUGAGGUGGAUGGACAAAAGGUUUCUGUUAUCGACACUCCUGACCUGUUUGACACCAGGAACACUGAAGACAAAACAGUUCAAGAUAUUGUCCAGUGCAUUUCUUAUGCUUCUCCUGGACCUCAUAUCUUCCUGAUCAUCAUCAAACUGGGCAGAUUCACAGAGGAAGAAAAGAAAUCAGUGCAGAAGAUUCAGGAAAUCUUAGGUGAGGAAGCCUUCAAACACAGCAUGAUUCUCUUUACCCAUGGUGACCUGCUCAAAGGGAAAUCUAUCGAGGGGUUGUUGAAGGACAGCGAAGAUCUGCAGGAACUUGUGAACAAAUGUAACAGCCAGUACCACGUGUUCAAUAAUGAGGUGGAGGAUCGUUCUCAGGUCAGGGGGCUGCUCAAGAAGAUCGGAAAUGUAAAUAUACUGAAUGGAGGAACCUACUACACCACUGAAAUGUUACAAAAGGCAGAGAGAGUGAUUGAAGAGGAGAUCAGGAUUGUGAUGGUGGGGAAGACUGGAGUUGGGAAGAGUGCCACAGGAAACACCAUUGUGGGGAAACAGUGCUUUAAAUCUGAGUUCUCCCCUAAAUCUUUGACUACAGUCUGUGAAAAGGCUGUUGGUGAGGUGGAUGGACAAAAGGUAGUUGUUAUCGACACUCCUGACCUGUUUGACACCAGGAACACUGAAGAGAAAACAGUUAAAGAUAUUUCCCAGUGCAUUGCUGAUGCUUCUCCUGGACCUCACAUCUUCCUGAUCAUCAUCAAACUGGGCAGAUUCACAGAGGAAGAAAAGCAAUCAGUGCAGAAGAUUCAGGAAAUCUUUGGUGAGGAAGCCAACAAAUACAGCAUGGUUCUCUUUACCCAUGGUGACCAGCUCAAAGGGAAAUCUAUCAAGGGGUUGUUGAAGGACAGCGAAGAUCUGCAGGAACUUGUGAACAAAUGUAACAACCAGUACCAUGUGUUCAAUAAUGAGGCGGAGGAUCGUUCUCAGGUCAGUGAGCUGCUCAAGAAGAUCGGAAAUGUAAAUGUGCUGAAUGGAGGAACCUACUACACCACUGAAAUGUUACAAAAGGCAGAGAGAGUGAUUGAAGAGGAGAAACCACAAAUCCUGAAAUACAAAGAAGAGCAAAACAACAAAGAGCUGGAAAAGCAACAGAAACAGAGGAGCGAAGAGUUUCCUGUUCCUUCAGCCUCCAGGUCUACACCUCCCACAGUCUCCAAAAACAAUGAUGAGGUGAUCAGGAUUGUGACGUUGGGGAAAACUGGAGUUGGGAAGAGCGCCACAGGAAACACCAUUCUGGGAAAACAGUGCUUUGAAUCUCACUUAUCCGCUAAAUCUUUGACUACACACUGUAAAAAGGCCUUUGGUGAGGUGGACGGACAAAAGGUUGCUGUUAUCGACACUCCAGGUCUGUUUGACACCAGGAACACUGAAGACAAAACAGUUCAAGAUAUUUCCCAGUGCAUUUCUUAUGCUUCUCCUGGACCUCAUAUCUUCCUGAUCAUCAUCAAACUGGCCAGAUUCACAGAGAAAGAAAAGCAAACAGUGGAGAAGAUUCAGAAAAUCUUUGGCGAGGAAGCCAACAAAUACAGUAUGGUUCUCUUUACCCAUGGUGACCAGCUCAAAGGGAAACCUAUUGAGGAGUUCUUGGAGGAAAGUGAAGAUUUGCAGGAACUUGUGGCCAAAUGUAACGGCCAGUAUCACGUGUUCAAUAAUGAGGUGAAGGAUCGUUCUCAGGUCAGCGAGCUGCUCGAGAAAAUGAAAAAAAUAAAAGAACAGAAUGGAGGACACUUUGACACCACCAAAAUGUUACAAAUGGAAGAGAGAGUGAUUGAAGAGGAGAAACCACAAAUCCUGAAAGAGAAAGAAGAGCAAAACCACAAAGAGCAGGAAAAGGAACAGAAACAGCAGAGUGAAGAUGAUGAGGGAGGAGAGAGCUGA